AUGGAGAAUUGGUACAUUUAUUUUGCUGCUAAUGAAACUGAUAUUUUAGUUCCUAAACAUAAAGGAUUUCCCUGGGCAGUAGCCAAUAAACAAUAUACUGAGGAGACUGGUGACGAGAUUAUUAAUGAUUUGUUUAGAUGGGCAUGUCAAAAUUAUGAUGGAGAAAAAAUUGCUGCUUGUUAAGCCUACAAGAAUUAAUAAUAAAUAUAGAUAAUUACAUAAAUUAAACUGUUCUCCAGUUUAAUAUAUUAUCGAUUUAAUAUGCUCUUAUUAUCUUAUACUAAUAAUUGA